AUGCAACCCAAAACUCCGAUGCCAGCCCCUCAUAUCCGCCCCGCGAUACGCCAUCGAGGUCUCCUCGUCGUCACGGCGGCCGUCACAGCCGUCGCCGUUAGCUUCAGAUACACGGCCCUGUCCCGACGGACGAACGAACAAAACCAGUGCUCGAGCAAUCCGUACUACGUCAGCGUUGACAGGAGCGGUGGCGGGAUCUAA